GACGCAAUUAACUACUAGAAACGAGAAGUUGCCACAACAAUUAAAGGAGAUUUCUUCUGAAGACUAAGGCCAUACUUGUCGUUCAUGUCCAAAUCCUUGCCUUUUACUCCAUCAGGGCACCCUCUACGUCCACCACCAAAUGGAAGAAACUCAAAUCGUUCUCCAGAAUCAUGGAUCUCCCUUGUGCGAUUUCUGUUAUCGUUUGAGAUGAUGAGAGGUAUGUCGUAUGCCAUUCGAAGUUGCAGAUUUUCAACCUUUACAGGAUCUAAUAAUAAGUUUAACGACGGUAGUUUUGGUAGCAACAACAGUAAUAAACCCAUCUCUGUUCUCGACACAAGGCGGAGUCUAACCCCUUCCACCUCAACCUUAUCCUCCUCCUUCGGCAGCGGUGGUAAUGGCAUCACAACCACCGCCGGUCAUCACUAGGUUUCGGUCCAAAUUUUUGAAUAAACUUAUAGCUGAUAACACAGCUCCGAUUUCGAGCCAAAUCAUUAACCACUUUCCUGAAAUCAUCUCUGUUGCCACC